UUUCCGAAUGGAGGCUGCCAUUUUGUUGCAGCGCCCUCCUGUGCCACAAUCUGAAGUGACUUUAAAUAGCCAAUGAAAUGCUCUCUAGUAUAGCUUUUGACCGCUUCUAAAGAAAAUUAACCAAUCAAAUGAUACGUUAUGGAACAGUCUCGGCUCCUUAGCAACGAUGAUAAUGACAGGAUGAUGAUCGGAGCGAGAGAGCCAGCACGUAAACAUUAAAAUGGAUCAGACCAAAAAACCAUUGCGAAUUCCUCCACAAUUUGGCACUUAUGCUGAAAAACAUGGACUUUUUGAACUUUAUAAGAGGUUGAUAGAGGGCCUGAUCGUUGCAAAGCCUCAAGACCCUCUGGAUUUCCUCCUGGAGCAGUUGAAGAAAGAAAACAAUGAUGUCCCUGCGAUAAUCAUACAUGGGCCGCCAGCAUCAGGCAAGACCACCAUAGCGCGUCUAGUGUGCACAAAGCUCCGCACAGCAUACAUCAGCAAAGAGACACUGCUAGCCGAUGAUGUGUCGUCACUUGCAGCAACAGCAAAGGAACACCUGAAGAAAAAUGAGGACAUCCCUAAGAGCUUGUGGGUGGAUCUUCUUUCAACCAGGAUGAAGCUCUUUGACUGCGUGAGGAAAGGUUGGGUGCUCGACGGUUUCCCUGAGACAAGAGAACAAGCUCUUGCUCUGCAAGAGGUUGGCAUAAUGCCUAAACACUAUGUUGUGUUAGAAGCACCAGACACCGUGUUGAUCGAGCGACAAAUGGGGAAAAGAGUCGAUCCAGAAACAGGAGAUGUGUACCACACCACCUUUGACUACCCAUCUGGGGUUGAGGUUGAGAGACGCCUCAUUGAGCCAACAGAGGGGUGUGGUGAAGAGGCUACGGUUGAACGCCUCCUUGUCUAUCACCGUUACGCACACGGACUGCAGAGUGGGUAUCAGAAUCGUUACAAGGCGAUCAACGCUGACCAGCCCAAGGCUGACGUCUUCUCACAAGUAUUGACAUUCCUGAGUAGCAACCCACGAUCUCUAGCUCCCCAUACACCACGUAUAGUUCUCCUAGGCCCAACAGGCAGUGGCAAGACGGUGCAGGCCGCUCUGCUUGCCAGCAAGUACAACGCUGUGAACGUGUCAUCUGGCCAGCUGGUGAAGGAAGCAAUUACUAAUGAGUCUAAGGUUGGAGAAGCUAUCAAACCUUAUGUGGAGAGAAAUAUGCUUGUGCCAGAUAAUCUGAUGAUCAAGAUUCUAGAUGAGAGAUUAGCCCAGCUAGACUGCGCCUCUAGAGGAUGGGUACUUAGGGGAUUCCCCAGGACCAGAGAGCAGGCGGAAAACCUGUCCAAGAUCGGACACGAACCAAACAGGGUGUUUUUCUUGGACGUCCCCAACGACUCCGUCUACGAGCGCCUUACCCUCCGAUCCCUGGACGUUGUCACCGGCAGUCAGUACCACGCCCUCUACAACCCGCCUCGCACCAACAGCAUCAAAGACCGCUCCGUCCAGCACCCCACAGACGCCGAAGAAAUCGUUCGCAACCGUCUGUCGCAGUACUACGCGUAUGCCGAGGAGAUCGCGGACUUCUAUGAGGAUGCGCAACAUAUAAACGCAGACCAGGAUCCGCAUACUGUGUUUGAGUGUGUUGAGAGCAUGCUGGUCAAUCCACUUCCCAAGAGAUUGAUACAGCAAGAUUAAAACUAUCAGAGGCGGAUCUUUGUAAUUUAUCAAAUUGAAUAAUUGGCACUUUGGAUUGCAGCUAGUUAAUGCUAGAAGGAGACUGUGGUGCUUAAGCAGAUAUAUUCCUGUGCUUACCAUCUUCAUGAAAGUCAGGCCCAGAUCCGAUUGGUUUUUGCUUUGGAAAGAUACUGAUCAAUUUGAUGGUUAAACCGUAAGCAGAUAAGAGUUGUGUGACAGUUUUGGGCCGAGGUCAGACUUAUUUUUGAAUGUUUGUUGAAUUGUCAAAUAACAUUUAUGAGUGUCUUUGAGAUUUUCAUUAUGUUAGCGCAGCAAGAUACAGUGAAGAGUAAUGCCCUAAUAAUAAGCACAAUUGCUUUUCAAAAUGUUCAUUAAAUAGGCAUCCGUCCAUGAAAUAAAAAAUAAUUGUCAACAAUAUGAACAUCUUUUAUAUUGAAAUCGAUUAAUCUGUACAUACUGCAUAAAAUCACAUGAAUUAACCAUUACUUCCACUUCAACCCUUUAAAUGACCAAGUUAAGACUUGUUUUAUAUACCACCCUUUUGUGUUUAGUCCUAAUAUUAAUUUCAUUAUUAAAAUGAUACAAAGAAAGUUUUAUCUGACCAAUGUGUUACCAUGAUGUGUCAUUUUGUCUCGACUUUGCCUCAAGGGUCAUCUCUACUGCUGCAUCAGUUAUGGGAUAAAAAAAGUGCUGGUUAAUAAUGCAUCGUUAAAUGAACAGUUUCACGUUUUUUGGAGUCGAUGUCCAUAGCGUUCUACAGUGUAGUGCCAUUUUAGAUUACGCAGCAUUUGCACGUUUUUUGGAGUCGAUGUCCAUAGUGUUCUACAGUGUAGUGCCAUUUUAGAUUACGCAGCAUUUGCACGUUGACUUGCAAACCUGUAGAGCUUGGCAGUUGCCGCGUGCGACGUGUAAGGUAAAGAAUGUCUAAGGCACCAAAGUCAAGUCAUUUCCUGCAAGAAAAAUGUUCAAGUCUUGCUUGAGUAAAUCACAAGAAAUGAAACAUUGCACUGGAAGAGAAAUUAGUUUCAAAACCAUUUAAUAAAUAUUCAGUGAACGAGGUCCACAUGAUUAAGUAAAUAUUUACAAACACUUAAAUGUGCAGCUUAUAAGUCAAAAGGAUGAAGAUACAAGUACUACAGUGAGAAAAGGUUAUGACAACAACGAAUAAUAGUGACUUGCUUGUAGUACAUGAUAGUGCAGUUAAAGUGUCAUAGGACACACAUGGUUCUAUUUCUUCUUGGGAAGCAAGUUGAAUUAAAAUACUUGUAAGAAUGUAUAUCAGAUCAAAUGGGAGACUUUGGAAUGCUUGAGGAAAGCAGACUUUCAAGGUAAAUGUCCAUUGUUUACGUAGUUCUGCGUAAGCGCACACUACUGAAAACAACGGAUUUACCUGGUAAGUGUGCUGCCAACUAUUGUCACCAAAGUCUCCCAUAGUUAUGUUACAAGUUACAAUGAAUAGUUCAAGAAACGCAGAUAAAAUGUAUAGUUGCAGAUUUUGAUGAUUGUGAAAAAAAGGUCAAUACAUUACAGAAUAAUAAAUAUGAGAAAAAUAUUUCACCAUAUUUUCACCAUCAAACCACCAACUAAAAAUGGCAGCUGAAAAUAAAUUCCACAUACAUCUACGUAUAGACUGUCUCUAUAAACAAAACUACACGUAGUACCCUGUAUUUCAAUUUGAGAGUGCACACUACUUUAACAUCUGUGAAAACCUGAAGACACAUUCCACUCAACAGAAACCUGUAAACGAAAUUAUUGCAACAAAUUAUUUAUUUUCUCGAGGCAUGAUCUUGUAUUUUCAAUGGUAAUAUAAAGACUAUGACAGAUUUUCGUCUGUGAAUACAUGUACAACGGUUGAUCAAAUAAAAAAUGCUUCGAAGGCUGUGUACUUUGUGAGUAACAAUUUCUUCUGCGAGUAUUUUAGGCUCUUAGGUGGUCUUUUAAGUAGCAUGAUUCAUCAGACUAGUUCCACAGACUCAAAUUCCAAACUGCACUUCCUACUAAGCUACUCUAUAUCUGUUUCAUUAAUUGCUUUGUACAUAUGGGUUUGUGUACAUUGCAAUAGUCCCAAAAGAAUGUGCACAACUACAGUGAAGAAAUUAUAAUUCAAAAUUCAAAUUGGGCGUCUAAAAAAACGAAACUGCUUCUUACUUAAGAUUUUGUUUUUUUCUGUACAUACUUUUGUAUAUCCUUUGUACAACAAUGCAAAAGUCCCAAAAGAGUUUGCACAUAAAACCUAUGUUUAUAAAUGGUGAUUUUUUUUUUGUGUUCCAGAAAGCAUUACUUUUUCAAAUUUUUUAAAAUUCUAGUACCUUAAUAACAUCUUUAUAUUUAUUGCAAUUAUCUCAUACUACCAGAUUUGGUUGCACGUUUUCGUCAUUUCUGAAAGUCCAAAUAACAAAAUAAAUACGUGCGUGUGUUAUAUUAAUAUUUGUAUAUUAUUUACUCUACCAAAAAGCUUUUUGUACAAAAGGGAAGUUAUCAGACGUAAAAACAUGAUAUAUGAUUUGUUUUCUUUGCCAACAUUGUUUCCCAAACUUUGACAAAUACUGUUAUGUUUUUAGCACAUAUACACAUUGAGGUGGUACAAAGGUUUAAGCAUAAACCAUAAACAAGCUUAGGUAGUGAACAAUGAAAAAAUUGACUCGAGCGGGAUUUGAACCAACAACCUUUGGAUUUAAUGUGCUGCCGCUCUACCAACUGAGCUAUCUAGCCCUAUGUUGGCGGUCUCCCUAUCUUUGUUCAAAGCAGCCAGUCAGAAGCAAUUCAACACUCGGCAUGCAAGCCCCGGGUUGAUCUUAAUUUAAUGUUUUUCCCAAGCAGGAGUAACGUUACUCCUGCUUGGGAACUACCUGGAGUUAGUCUGGGCUAGAUUUCAAGUGUAAAAAGGUCUCCCUAAGUUUCCCAGAAAUUUCUUGGAAAUUAUCUGGUGUGAAAUUCCCCAUCUCACAAAAAAUAUGUAAACACAAAAACAAACAAACAUAUUGAACAAAAAAUCCAAAGAUUUUACUCAUACUGCUUUUGAUGAGGUAUUAUGGGUAACUAACGGUUGACAUAUCCAUCUUUCUCAACAAAAUAAACCAAACCACAAAUACAAAAACAUCUAAACAUGUUACCAACCUUUCCGGCUUUUAAGUGUUUUGUUUUUAAAUACAUUUAAUAAUACAAACUUUUCUUUUUUUGCACAUAAUGUAAUCUCAGCACAAUAGUUUGUGACCUACUCCUCUUUUCACAAAAAGUUCUUUUAGAAAAAAAUUGUUUCUCAUAAUUUAUCAGUCAGAACUAGGUCCAACUCCAAAGCAUUCAAAAUUUAACCAGGCAGCUUCUCUUGUGGUUUAUUAUUCGACAACUUUUUAUCAAAAUGGAAACUUCCUCAUGAUUGUUUUUUUGUGACUACAUGCAGUGCCAGGUUAAGAUUUUUGUUUGUUUAUCAACUGGUCAAACAAGAGGAGAAUCCCAUCGGUGCCUCACUACCCCCCCCCCACCAAA